ACGUGGGCGGGGCGAGGCGACGCCCGAGCCCCUCCCCUCCUGGAGGGGGAGAUUGGGAGGCGGCGUCUGGCGCGAGAGCAGCAGCGUCGGGCGCGUCGCUGGUCAAGCAGGAUCAAUCCCCCCCCACCCUCGCGUCGGCCAGGGGUGGGGAUGCGCGAGGCCGCCCGGGAGAGUCGAGCGGCGGCGGGCGGGUGAGGAGGACCGAGGGAAGAAGCGGGAGAGAGCGAGCGAGCUUUCCCGCCUAGGAGCAUCCCUGAAGGGCGUCGAGGGCUGCGCUGCUGAUCAGAAGAGUACAGAGGUCUCACCAGGGAAAGCACCGCCACGAAAAUAAAGCACUCCAGUCAUUUCUUAACAGCGGGGAUCUUCGGAGUCUGACUUGCCACCCUUCUAUAUACUGAUACAUCAAUACCGAAACAAUGCCGGUUCUCAGAAGUAGCUUGGGGCAUUCAAAUGUUAAUAUUGCAAGUGACACUUCGAGUCUCCACGAGAUGAAUUUUUCAAAUGGAGAAGUAAUUUCUGAAAAAAGCUCAACAAGCCUGUUUGAGAAAAAUGGCUACCAGGACUCCGUUUACCUAAACGCUGCCAACAUCUUUCAGGGCAUUCAUAAUGAAAAGCCUCAAGAUAAAAUAUUGGUAAAAUAUGGACAUGGGCCACUACCUUCUCUUCCUGAUUUCAAAGAUGAACAAUUCCAGCGUUUGUCCUAUGAACUGGCUUUUAGUGCUCUAAAAUAUCAAGAUGUUCUUGAAACUAUAUUGCUAGACAGUGGCAUUUAUCCAAUGCAGUCAAUAUCAGACCAAUUGACCAGUCUAGUUGUUGUGAUGCUGUAUGAUCUCCAAGAUCGGAAAUUUGAAGCUCGCGAAAACAUUGAUGAUGAAGAACAAAUAGCAGAAGUCCAGGAAGUUGAGCGUUAUCUUUGCAGCUUUAAGACAAAACUGGCCGCUGCGUUAGCAAGAUGUCGAAUCAAACACGAUGCUCUUUCUCUAGAACACAUUCUGCCAGAAACAAUAAGGAAACAAGAACAAAGGGCUUCCACGCUACCCUUGUAUGUGUGGGUCAAUUCACUUAAAAUAAGCCUUGAAGAUGUUCAUAGCACUUUACACAAGGAGGGAUUCACUAGAGUGGAAUCGGUCUCCAGUUUUGGUGGCUAUUCAUAUUGCCUAGAUAAGCACUGUGAAGACGUACUCAUUUUCCCUUCUACUCUUAAAGAAAAGCUUCUUACUCUGGAGCUGUUUUCUGAUUACAAGCUCUUAUUGCAGGAUAAAUCCAGGAGUCUUGCUGUCCAUUCGGCGAAGGCCUUGCUGAAUAUGGAUGAUGACAUCUUAAUAGCACACAUGGGUUCAUGGCUCACUGUGGCUCAUAUGUCGGUGCUGACAAAUCAGAUGACUUCCAAAGUGUUUGUAUGUGGAGUAAAGUCUUUGGCAAAGGAAGCUGAACUGAGGGACUUGUUUGCACAGAUGGAGUGUAAAAAUAUUGUGCUACUACGUGAAGAUUUUGCAAACAUUGAACCAACUGAUAAGCUGCAGAAAGUUAAAGUUAUUUUACUACUGCCUCGGUGUUCAGGCCUGGGGGUUAGCAACCCAAUAGAAUUCAUUCUAAAAGAACAUGAAGAUGCAGAAUUACUUAGAGAUCUCUCUCAGGGCUCUGUAGCAGAAGAUAAACUCAAUUCCCUUGCUCAACAGCAGCUGCAAGAAUUGUCACAUGCAAUGCAGUUUAGCAGAGUGCAAGCUAUUGUCUACUGCACCUGUUCAGUUUACCCAGAAGAAAAUGAAGUUGUGGUGAACAAAGCCCUGGCAUCUGGAGCAGAAGGACCCAAGGCUCAGCCUUACAAGCUUUGUCCGCCUGUUCUUCCAUUGUGUUGCAAAUCAGAAAUAAGCUUGUCUGCAGCAAACUUUUUCCGACUGGAGCCAUCAGAUAUUUCUAAUAGCUGUUUUAUAGCUGUUCUAUCCCGAGAGAGGGAUCCAUCGGAGACGGUGUCUGUGAAAGAUGUUUUAGCUCGUGCUGCGGCAAAAGGGUUAUUGGAAGGGAUUGAUUUAGCAAAGCCAGCUAAGAGAGAAGAGAAAAAGAAAAAGAAACCGAAAGUAACCCAGCCAAAGACACCUACUAAAGAGGCAGUGAUAAAGUCCAAAAUUCAGGAGUUCCUGGAUCGAGAAAUGAAACCCGGCAUGAUUGAGUCGGAUACUUCCGUCUCUAAUUUAGCUUCCAGUGCCUCUCAGAAAUCUGUGAACCAGACAAAUAGUUCCGUUCCCCUGAAGAAAACAGUCCAACCCCCCUCGAACUCGUCUCUGCCGAUGAUGUCCAAAAAUUCGCUUACUGCAGCUUCCAUGCAAAAGAUGUUUGAAAAGCAUCGAAACAUCAGAAAACCAAAGCUUGACGAUAGUGUGAUGGUCUUGAAACCUGUCGAAAUCGUCCUGCCUCCGGUAAUGGUGCCAUACUUCAACCCACAAGGAAACCGAUCCCAUAUUUCGACUAACCAUUAUUAUUAUAAUUGGGGUGGAACUCAUGGCACGCUUAGCCCUUCUACAUCCAAAAAGCUGAUCAAGACAAAAGAGCCCUCGCUUUCUUCUAGAGUCAAGCAUUCUCGUCCGUGGCUUUGAAGAUUGCCUUUUGUAACUCAGUUUUUAACCGUAAUUCUUUCAAAAUUUGAAACUUGUAUUCCUCUAAUGGUAAAAAAUGAAAACCCUUGGGCAUUCAGUAUUCAUCUGCAUAGGGACCAAACUGCUCUAGGCAGCAGUUAAGAUGUUCACAUGCCUUUUCCACAGCUAUUAUUAUGGUAGCAGAGGGGCUGUUCUGCAGAAAGGCUUUUAUUUCAAUGAACUUUGAAUGUCAAAAUGCUUAAAUUAAUAUACAGUAUCAGAUUAUGCAGACAGGGGUAAACCAGAGGUUUCAUGGGCAAUAGAUGAUCAGCUUAGAAUACAACAGACAGAUUCUGUCUAAGUAAAAACUUACAGGUACUGAAUUUUAGGGCUAGCCGUUACAAUUGUAAAGAAGAACAGGGCUUCUAAAAAGUAGAAGUGGAUUUCAGUUCUUAUUUUCUAGAUAUUUCAGUGUAAAGCCUUGGGAAUUAUGAAUACCUUACCUUGUAUCUUUUUCUAAAAUUGGUUCCAGUCUGCAGAGUGAUCUUUCAAGACUUCAUCCUGUUUAAUAAUCUGCUCAAAUCUUCUCUUCCAAAAGGACUGGGUUUUUUAUUUAAAAAAAGCAAAUUGUGACCAUUUUGGCUUUAAGAAUAGGACAUCGCAACCUCAAAGAAAAAGGACAAGAACAUUUCCGGGCUUUCUUUGUGAGGUAGCACAAUUACUGGAUGGUUUCAUGUUGCUGCGGCUAGACACUGAACUCUACUAGGACGUCAAUAUAAAUAUUUGGCUCAUUAGGCAGCAUAGUUAAAUGGAAACAAACCUAUUAAACAAUUGCUGAUUAAUGCCUUUCA